AUGGCCUCGAUGUGCCUGUCUGAGCAAUGGGACCGCGCAGGGAGGGCGGGGCCGCGCCAGGCCGAGCGCUGCGGGGGAAGAGGGCGGAGCGGGGAGGCAGCACCGCAGGCGGCUCGAGUUGCUCUUGGCAGGCGCAGCCGAGGGGCGGAGGGGCGCCUGGUUCUCAUCACCGCCCGGGAGGCACAAAGGGCCGCUGUCUCGGCCGGUCCCACGCGGGGAGCUGCGCUCGCACCCGGGAGAGGAGCUGCCAUCGCCGCCUGUAGCCUGCCGGUCACCAUGGUAACGCAUGCCAAAGACUGGACCACCUCGGUCUUCCCUUCUCGAGAAACUUAUGAGAACAGCCCCAGAGGUCGGAGGGAUCCACCAUCCCUGGACACAGCCAUCCAGCAUGCCUUGGCAGGCCUCUACCCCCCAUUUGAGGCCACAGCACCUACCGUCUUGGGUCAGGUAUUCCGGCUCCUGGAUUCCGACUUUCAUGGGGAUGGGCUGAACUUCCUCCUGGAUUUCCUGAUCCCUGCCAAGCGCUUAUGUGAACAAGUGCGAGAAGCAGCCUGUGUCCCCUACUCACACUGUCUCUUCCUGCAUGAAGGUUGGCCGCUCUGUCUGCGGAAUGAAGUGGUGGUCCACCUGGCACCCCUCAAUCCCCUCUUAUUGCGUCCUGGUGACUUCUACCUCCAAGUUGAGCCUCAAAAGGAGCAGUCUGUCUGGAUCGUGAUCAAGUGCCUCUCCUUGGAUCUCCGCACGGUGAACAAGAAGCCUGUUCCGGAGUCCGCCUACCCUGUACUUUUCACUCAAGAAUGGCUGGCAGCCAUCAAUCACGACUUUGAGGGAAGUCCUCUACACAGCUGUCUGGUGGCUUCAGAAAAUGGGAUUUCCCGCCUGCCUUGGACCAAGAUAACUAGCCCAGAGUUUGUGGACGACAGACCUCAAGUAGUAAGUGUCCUCUCCCCAGUCUGGGGAUCCCUUCACUUAGAGGCACUUGAUUUGAGCAGCCCCCAAGAGCUGAACCAGGUCAGGUCCCCUGGCAGCCUUGAGUCUCUUACCUGGAGUUUGACCAAAGGUAAGGACAAGACUAAUGGACAUAAGUAUCCAGGGCUCAUCAAGGUGGAGCAAGCCAGGCCUGGAGAAGUGGCCCUCAAGGCAGACUAUGCAGUUAGCCAGGACUCGGAGGGAGAUUAUGUGGCUCUUCUGGAUUUUUCUCAAGAGAGCAGAGGAAGAGGGUCUCCCAGUAAAGAGACAGAGACUUCUAGUGUGCGUUCUUAUGGGUCACUGGAGGAGCUAUCCCGAACAAAGAAAAUCCAUCUCUCUCAAAGGAUCAAUGGGAGAUCUUUGGAAAAAUGGACUUGUUCAAAGUCAGCAAGCUUGAAGGAGGAGGAAUCUUGUAUUUCACACUUAAAGAGAAAGGUCAGCCCUGAAGCACCCAUUCACAUCUCAGAGGGUGCACCCCAAGAACCCUACCUCAGUGUCCUGGAGAACCCACUGGACAGUGCCUGUGGCCUCAGUGCAAGGGUCUCAGAUGGCCCAGCUGCUUCCAAAGGUCAGAGAGCUCUGGAAAACCCAGAAACCAUGUCCCAGCUCAGGCCAGGGCCAAGACAAGCUUCUUCUCCUCGCCUCUACCCUGCUUCUCCUCCAGCCCCUGAGCCAAGGAUGGAGGAAAAAGCCCCACAGGAGAAUGGGAGCCUGCCCACAGCUAUAACCAGCCCCAGCCAAAGCACUUCCUCUUCUGAGUCCCCCAGCCCUAGACUCAAGUUCUCUUUCUUGAAAGGACAGAGGUUGUCUCCUGCAUCUCCUGAGAAAGCUCUGGUCCAGCACGAUGGACCCUGGAAAGUUCUGUGCUCUCUCUACUCCCCCAAAUCCAACCGAGUCAAGUCCUUGGAGAAAGCUGGAUCAACUCAGACCCAAACAUCUGGCCUGGCUGCUGACUCAGGCCCACUGACUGGCGCGAAGGCUAGUUUCCCAGAAGCUUCCACAGGCCCUCCCAAAAGAAGCCCCACCCAGGAUGAGGCACCCCCAGGGACUGAGCCCAGAAUGGGGACUCUGAGUAUUGAUCUCUGCCAGUCAAGGAUAGCGUGCCUACCAGGUGGCCGGGACAAGGCAGGGCGACCCCUGCUUCUGGUGUCAGCAGAUGAGGGGUCCUGGGAAGCCCCUUGGUGCUCAGUCUCAGAGGUGACCAAAUGGCUCUCCUAUCUGUUCACCAUUCCCAGGUCUGAUACGAAAACCAAGGGGCUGGUGGUCAUGAUUGAUGCCAGGAAACAGCCUCCACACCCAACUCUCAUCAGUGCCCUCCAGGCCACCCAGGUCUUGGUCCCAGCCUCCAUCCAGGCUCUGCUCUUCCUGGGGGAGAAGGCAGCUGCUCUCCAGCUGGAGACGCUACCUGGCAUCCAGGUGGAGGUGCUGACCUCAAUGAAGGCCCUCGGCCACCAUGUGGACCCAAGCCAGUUACCCACAACUCUGGAAGGCUCCUUCCCUUACUGCCACAGCGAGUGGGUGCAAUUUUUCCAGAAGCUGGACCCUUUCCUUGCUGACCUCCGCCAGGCCUCCUCCCUGCUGAGAUCAUCCAUCAAGGAGUUCGAGAAAGAUGACCCUCCUGGGGGGUUGCAGGAGGCUGUCAGAUACCUGAACAAGUCCAAGGAGCUGAUGGAGACUGUGCUGAGGGAUCCAGGCCUGCUGGGCCUCCAGCGGGAAGGUGGAGCCAUCCUGGCCAGGCUUCAGUGGGAGGCUGGCAGGCUGAACUUCAACCCCGACGUCAGGGGCCACCUGGCUGAAGCCGCUGCCCUGUAUGGCCUCGUGGAGGAGCAGCUGCAUGUCUUGGUCACCGCCUCCAACCACCUCCUGGGGAAACUGGAGCUCCGAGUGCGCCUGGGCCGGCUGGAGGCCGCUAUCCAUCAGGUCAGCGACUGGAUGGAGCAAGAAGGAAGCCGGUGUCUGCAAGCACUGACCCCGAGGGAUGGAAGCUUGGAGACAGUGGAAAAAGCCCACACUGAGUUUGAGGAAUUCUUCCUUCAGGCAGCGGCGCAGUACCGCCGUGGCCUAGAGCUGUCCAAGCAGGCGGCCCAGCUGGAGGCUGCAGCUGGAGGAGCCGGUGAGCUGGGUGGAGCAGGGGCCCCGGAGAUGGUGGCCUUUGCCUCCACCCAGCGGACCUUCCAGGCUAAGCUGACCCACUUCUACAUGGCGGCAGAGCGACAGCGCACAGACCUGGAGACACUGCUUCACCUGCACCGCUUCUGCAAGAAGAUGACCUGGUUCCACAUGGACUGUCAGGACCUGAUGGCCCAGCUCAGGCUGGGCAAGACACCUGGGGCGAGCCCGGGGGACCAGCGACGCCUCCACCGCUAUGUGCAGCGACUGGCCUCGGAGUUCCCAGCGGAGAAGCUCACUGCCAUGGGGCUGCAGGUGGCCUCCUUACGCUGGACCGGCCUGGGCCAGGACCUGUGGGAGGAGGCCCGAGGCCGGCACCAGGACAUCCAGGCCCUCCUGCAGAAGGCGUUGGCCCACUGUCCGUGCCAGGCAGCUCCCACUGCCCACUUGGCACAGCCAGAACUGGGAGGGGCAGCUGUCAAGGCCCCGGGUCUGAAUGGAGACUUCUCUUCCAAGGGAAGGUGGGCUCCGCCUCUGCAGGACUUUCUGAAUGUGGACCGUCUCCCCAGAUCUCCUUGGGCUUCUCGGGCCACCGCAAGGGGACAGAGCAGAUAUUCCCAGCCAGGCCCUCAGCCCCAGGAAGCUGGCCAGGCUGUGCAGGCUGAUGACAGCAAAGGCUCCCGUGAACCCCUGGACCUGGCCCUCGACCCCUCGGCUGCCAGCCCCUUCCGGCACCAACACCCCAGGCAGCCAUGGCUGAAUCCUCCCAGCCAGGUCUCCCACCCACCGGGGGGCAGCUUCUCCUCAGAGGGAACAGACUCCCAGACGUCUCUGGAAGACUCGCCCCAGACAAGCCCCCCUGCAUCCCUGUAG